CUGUUGUUCGCGAUAUAUUAUGAUUUUUGUCCUAACAGCGCUCUAUUCUCUUUGCGUUUGUUUUCUCUUUCCCUCUCUCAAUAAAUUUUCCUCUCCCUAUAUUCUCUUUACAAAACCAUGUCUGCAGAAUCAGCCAGUGCAAUUCAAAGAAGCCAAGUUGAUCUAGUGGACUUCGUUGAUUGGUCUGGAGUUGAAUGCCUUAAUCAAAACUCCGGCCACUCUCUUCCCAAUGCUCUCAAACAGGGAUAUAGAGAAGAUGAUGGUUUGAAUCUAGAGAGUGAUGCGGAUGAGCAGUUGCUGAUCUAUAUACCUUUCACUCAAGUUGUUAAACUGUACUCUGUUGUCGUCCAAGGACCUGAAGAAGAAGGUCCCAAGACUGUAAAACUUUUCUCAAACAAGGAGCAUAUGGGAUUUAGUAAUGUCAAUGACUUCCCUCCUAGUGACACUGCAAUUUUAUCGCUAGAUAAUCUCAAGGGAAAACCAGUAGGCUUGAAGUAUGUUAAGUUUCAGAAUGUUCGCAGUUUGACAAUAUUCAUCGAAGAUAACCAGUCAGGUUCUGACAUCACCAAAGUCCAAAAAAUUGCUUUGUUUGGAACAACGGUGGAAACAACGGACAUGAAGGGCUUGAAGAAGAUUGAGGAUCAUUGACAGUGAAGGGGGGUGUUAAGAAAGGGUUGAAGUUUCUUGCAACCAAUGUUAAAUUUCUCAUUUGUGUUUUUCUAAGUUUCAACCAGUUAUUGUACAAUAUCAAACAGUUUGGUGCCUGAAAGUUUUAUGGCUGUUAUUUCAAUCUCUCGUCCUGGAAAUCUGCCCCCUUAUUAUACAAUAUCAAACAGUUACCUGCA